AUGGAUAACAAACAAAAGAUAAUCCACCGUGACAUUAAAAGUGCCAAUAUCCUGUUAAGCGAGAACUGGGAAGCGAAGAUUGCUGACUUCGGACUCUCAAGAUUCCACCCUAUAAAUCAUACUAAGAGCACUAUCAUAACAAACAAUGUUGUAGGCACAAGAGUGUAUUGGGAUCCAGAAUAUGAGAGAACGGGUAAUUUGAAAAAGGAGUCGGAUGUUUACUCUUUUGGGGUGGUUUUGUUUGAGGUCCUAACCGGGAAACUGGCUUAUGAUUCAGUAUACACCAACGAAAAUGAAAAGGGUCUUGCACCCAUUGUGCAACAACAUGUUAAGAAGGGAACAAUAACGGAAAUGAUAGAUCCUAAUUUAAAGGAAGAGAAUACUUUUACACUAAGUAAAGGGCCAAAUCAAGAUUCUUUGAAUACCUUUUUAUUAAUCGGGCACAGAUGUUUGGCUGAAAAGCAAGCCGAGCGUCCUACAAUGAAAGUCGUCAUCAAGGAACUUGUGAAAGCAUUAAAGUUUCAGGAAACCUACAAGGACAACCGCCGAAUAUCACUUGAAGAGAUACUAAACGCCACACAAGGCUUCAGUGAUAAAAAUAUAAUAGGGAAAGGAGGAUUCGGAAAGGUUUAUGGAGGAGAAAUUAUACGCGCUAAUGGACCUACCCCCAUUGCUGUAAAGCGGCUUGAUAGACAGUUCGGGCAAGGAGAAAGAGAAUUUCUGAUUGAAGUUGAAGUUCUUUUUGAGUAUAAGCAUGAGAAUAUCAUUGGGCUUGUAGGCUACUGUGACGAAAAUGGCGAGAAAAUCUUAGUUUAUGAGUAUGCCUCUAAUGGAAGUCUGGAUAGGCAUUUGGGAGAUGCUAGCAUAACAUGGACGAAACGACUUAAGAUCGGUAUCGAUAUUGCAACUGGGUUGGAUUUCCUUCAUGGAGGUGGUUAUCCUGUGAUACAUAGGGAUGUAAAAUCUGCCAACAUUCUACUAAAUGAUGAUUGGAAAGCCAAAAUUACAGAUUUCGGGUUGUCAAUGAUAACUCCAUUAAAUAACGAAAUUGACUUUGUGAUUGAUAAUGUUGCCGGCACACCUGGGUAUUGCGACCCGCUGUACAUUGAAAGGGGUUUCUUAACAAGGGAAUCCGAUAUUGGCCUACAAUGA